CGCGGACGACAGUAAUAUUCCACAGCCGCCGGUUUCGCCCCCUUCGUCUCCGCGCGAUCUCACCUCUGUCACACACGCACACGCUGCCUGCCACCCAUACAAACUGACACACAUACACGCUGCAGUUCGGUGGUUCUCCCGUGUCGUUGGAGCUCGUCGACCCGACCCGAGCUCCCGUCGUCAGGUGAAGUAGGGAAAGGAGGAUGCCUUCGGUUUCCAAGGCCGUGUGCCUGCAGCAGAGGCCGAGCACGGGCGGCGGCAGGAGGGCCAGGGAAGCGGGUCGCCGAUCGGUGGCGGCGCCGAGAGCCCGGCACUCGAAACCCAAGGCUGUUCACUCGGGGGGAUCAGAGUCGGGACGGGGCCAGCAUUGCUCGCCUCCCAAGGCAGUCGCGGCGCCGACGAUACCCGCCACGGAAAAGGAAUGCACGGGUAUAUCCAAGAUUAAGCGGGUGUUCCACUUCGGCAAGGGCAAGAGCGAUGGCAACAAGGCCAUGAAGGAUCUGCUGGGUGGGAAGGGCGCGAACUUGGCGGAGAUGGCGAGCAUCGGGCUGUCGGUGCCGCCGGGGUUCACGGUGUCGACGGAGGCGUGCGAGCAGUACCAGGCGGCGGGGAGGGCGCUGCCGCCGGGGCUGUGGGAGGAGACCCUGGAGGGUCUCCGCUGGGUGGAGGAGUACAUGGGCGCACGCCUCGGCGACCCCAAGCGCCCGCUCCUGCUCUCCGUCCGCUCCGGCGCCGCCGUGUCCAUGCCCGGGAUGAUGGACACCGUGCUCAACCUGGGCCUCAACGACGACGUGGCCGCCGGGCUCGCCGCCAAGAGCGGCGAACGCUUCGCCUACGACUCCUACCGCCGCUUCCUCGACAUGUUCGGCAACGUCGUUAUGGACAUUCCUCAUGCACUUUUUGAAGAGAAACUUGAAGCCAUGAAAGCAACCAAGGGGGUACACAAUGACACCGACCUGACUGCUAGUGACCUCAGGGAACUAGUGAGUCAGUACAAGAAUGUCUACGUUGAAGCUAAAGGAGAACAAUUUCCAUCAGAUCCGAAGAAGCAACUGCAGUUAGCGGUGUUGGCUGUUUUCGACUCAUGGGACAGCCCAAGAGCGAAUAAGUAUAGAAGCAUUAAUCAGAUCACCGGACUGAGGGGCACCGCUGUAAAUGUGCAGUGCAUGGUGUUUGGCAACAUGGGGAACACCUCUGGAACUGGUGUUCUCUUCACUAGGAACCCUAGCACUGGAGAGAAGAAGCUUUAUGGCGAGUUCCUUGUAAAUGCUCAGGGUGAGGAUGUGGUUGCUGGAAUCAGAACCCCAGAAGAUCUUGAUGCCAUGAAGAACCAGAUGCCAGAGGCAUAUGUAGAGCUUGUUGAGAACUGCAAAAUAUUGGAGAGCCACUAUAAAGAUAUGAUGGAUAUUGAAUUUACUGUUCAAGAAAAUAGGCUAUGGAUGCUACAGUGCAGAGCAGGAAAGCGUACAGGCAAAGGUGCUGUGAAGAUUGCUGUAGACAUGGUUAAUGAGGCUCUUGUUGAUUGCAGUACAGCAAUUAAGAUGGUAGAACCAGGUCACCUAGACCAGCUUCUUCAUCCACAGUUUGCGAACCCAGGGGCUGCUUCAUACAAAGGAAAAGUAAUUACCACAGGCUUACCUGCAUCACCUGGGGCUGCUGUGGGCCAAAUUGUAUUUACUGCAGAAGAUGCUGAAGAAUGGCAUGCCCAAGGGAAAUCUGCUAUUCUGGUGAGGACUGAGACCAGCCCAGAGGAUGUUGGUGGCAUGCAUGCAGCCGCAGGAAUUCUUACAGCAAGAGGUGGUAUGACUUCUCAUGCUGCCGUCGUGGCACGUGGUUGGGGCAAAUGUUGUGUGUCAGGAUGUUCCAGCAUCCGUGUAAAUGAUAUUGAGAAGGUGGUAACAAUUGAAGGCAAGGUGCUCCAAGAAGGUGACUGGAUAUCACUCAAUGGAUCUACUGGUGAAGUAAUCCUUGGCAAACAACCACUUUCCCCACCAGCCCUUAGUGGCGACUUGGAAACUUUCAUGGCCUGGGUGGAUGAAGUUAGGCAACUGAAGGUUAUGGCUAAUGCCGAUACCCCUGAGGAUGCAUUGACAGCAAGGAAAAAUGGGGCAGAAGGAAUUGGACUAUGUCGGACAGAACACAUGUUCUUUGCUUCAGACGAGAGGAUUAAGGCUGUGAGGCAGAUGAUUAUGGCUCCAAACAUUCAACUGAGGCAGAAAGCACUAGAUUGUCUUUUGCCUUAUCAGAGGUCUGACUUUGAAGGCAUUUUCCGUGCUAUGGAUGGGCUCCCAGUAACUAUUCGGCUAUUGGACCCUCCACUUCAUGAGUUCCUUCCAGAAGGGCAUGUCGAAGAUAUUGUUCGUGAGCUAUGUUCUGAAACCGGAGCCGCCGAGGACGAUGUCCUUGCAAGAAUGGAGAAACUUUCAGAAGUAAAUCCAAUGCUUGGUUUCCGUGGUUGCAGGCUUGGUAUAUCAUACCCUGAAUUAACAGAAAUGCAAGCCCGAGCCAUCUUUGAAGCUGCUAUAGCCAUGACCAACCAGGGUAUUCAAGUUUUUCCAGAGAUAAUGGUUCCUCUUGUUGGAACACCUCAGGAAUUGGGACAUCAAGUUACUCUCAUCCGUCAAAUUGCUAACAGAGUUUUCACUGACAUGGGGAAAGCCAUUGACUACAAAGUUGGGACUAUGAUUGAAAUUCCUAGGGCGGCUCUAGUUGCAGAUGAGAUAGCGGAGCAAGCCGAGUUCUUCUCUUUCGGAACAAACGACCUCACGCAGAUGACGUUUGGUUACAGCAGGGAUGAUGUGGGGAAGUUCCUCCCCAUAUAUCUGGCUCAGGGUAUCCUCCAGCAUGAUCCUUUUGAGGUGCUUGAUCAGAGAGGAGUUGGAGAGCUGGUAAAGAUUGCCACAGAGAGGGGCCGCAAAGCAAGGCCUAACUUGAAGGUGGGCAUCUGCGGCGAACAUGGUGGAGAGCCUUCUUCCGUUGCUUUUUUCGCAAAGGCUGGGUUGGAUUAUGUUUCUUGCUCCCCUUUCAGGGUCCCGAUCGCUAGGCUAGCUGCAGCUCAGGUGCUCGUCUGAGGCCCCCUUAUUGUCAACCGGAUCGCCUGCUGUUGGUGCAUCUGGUGAAGAUAAAUAAUACAUAGCCAUGGGCUGAUGGAAAACUCUGCUUCCUGACGAAAGGCCGUUGUAUGUAGUCUCGCGAUGCGUAUGCGCACGUAAGCCUGAAAUGGGUAGUUUUAUGCAUUUCCUGUGAACUGCCAUGGUAAUGUACCAAACAGCGAUAAUGGCGAAGAGAAAUCAAAUAAAAAGUGGCGAUUACAUAUGCUAUCAA